CGGCACUGCACACUCUCCUACCGCCAGCCCUGCUACCGCCUCCGUCGCCUCCGCCGGAAACUAUUCAUGCACAAUAACCUCUGAACCAUGAACUUAAGAUGUUGUACACAAAUGAGAGACUAUUGUUCUCCUUGUUGGUUCAAGUACACCACAUUGAUCCAACAGCUGCUGCAUUUAUCGUUGGGCAGUGGCUGUUCCUGAAGCAUUCCGGCCGGCCCGAUGUGACUCUCAGCAUCCUCAGCAGUAGCGAUUUAAAAUGGGUUCGCCUGGUGGUUAUGGAAGCGGAUUGAAUAUAUUCGAAAUCCUGCCGCCCAUCAGACCUGACGGCUGGCCUUGCCAGAACCUGGAUAGAUUGACGAUUUUGCGGAACGAGGGUCGGAGAUUGUAGAAUUCAUGAAUCGGGUGGUCGCCGGCGGCCUCAGAAGGGCAUUCGCCGACACACGCAUGCUGUCCGACCCUAACCAUCCUACGGGACGAAAUGGAAAGCUAGCGUUAUGAUUUAACCAUGAUGACAUAAACAACGAAUGCGGAACGAUGGGACAGAAUGGAACGCCGUCGCCCGACCUCGUUGCAGCUCCCCCGAUUUCACCCCUGCUCCCUCCAUCUCACCCUCUGUCUCUACUUCCCCGCUCAUUUUCUCUUGCUCUCUUCUCUUUCUCUCUUCCUCUUCCCAGCUCCUUCUUCCUCGCCCCUCUUCCUUUUCUCCAUCUGUUGACCCCUUUUCUGCAGUGGUUAGCGCUCAAUUCUGGACAGUAUUGCAGUUGCAACAGGAACGGAGUCGGAGCCGGAGCACACGUCGUCGGGGGACGAAGACGAGGAGGAGGAGCAGCAGCAGCAGGAGCAGAGCUCGGACUGCGCGGUCCCGCAGGCCGAUGGCCGCAGGUGACUAUGGAGAUAUCGUGGAGAGGGUCGUGUUGGACAGGACGGAGGAUGGGCAGGAACCGGUGUUCGCGAGGGUCGUCCUCAAAUUCCCCGCUUGCAUCCAACUCGUGCUUCAGGGGCAGCCGAAGCUCACCAUGAAGGUGGUGGAAGGCCGCGAUGCCUGGUACGUCACCAGGCGCAGGAAGCAGUCGUCUAAGGCCCGCCAAAACCGCCGUCGCCACGCCAGGAAGGACCAAGCCGCCGGCAACGAAGACGUGAACGGAGCUCCAGCUUCUUCAACCGAGAUAAAGAUGGAGAGGGAGACGACUGACGUCAAUGCGGCUCAGUUUCUCAUUGAACAAUUUAUCAGUUUUGUGUGUUUGUGCGCGUCUGCUUUUCCUUUUCUUUAGUUUAGCCUUUUCGUUCCGGUUGUUUUUGUUGGUAAGACAACGGAUAUGAUGUCGCUGGAGUCAAGCAUUGCUUGCUAUGUCAUGUGAUGAUGAAUCCAGAGGACUGUGAAUGAUUUUAUGGUCUUCUUUAAUGAAUUUGGA